UUAGUCUGGAUAGAGCAUUAAACGAGAACAGUUAUACGAAACAAAAUGUUUCUGAUAGCCAUAGCCAUUAUUUUGGCCACCAUUCUGGUGUUCAAGGGAGUGAAAAUAUUCAAUUAUAUUGAUCAUAUGGCGAGCAUUAUGGAAAUGAUACCAGGACCGACGCCAUAUCCAUUCGUUGGCAAUCUAUUUCAAUUUGGCCUUAAGCCCGCCGAAUAUCCAAAAAAGGUUUUGCAAUAUUGCCGGAAAUAUGAUUUCCAGGGUUUCCGUUCAAUGGUUUUCCUGCAGUACCACAUGAUGCUGAGUGAUCCGGCGGAAAUCCAGAAUAUUUUGUCAAGUUCAUCGUUGCUGUACAAGGAACACUUGUACUCCUUCCUCCGACCCUGGCUGGGUGAUGGGCUGCUUACCAGUUCCGGUGCCCGGUGGCUGAAGCAUCAAAAGAUCUACCUCCCCGCCUUCGAACGGUCGGCCAUCGAGGGAUAUCUCCGAGUGAUUCAACGAACGGGUGGCCAAUUCAUCCAGAAGCUUAGUUCCUUGUCGGAAACACAGGAAAUCUUCGACGCCCAGGAGCUAGUGGCCCAGUGUACCCUGGAUAUUGUGUGUGAGAAUGCCACUGGCCUGGACAGCAGCUCCCUGAACGGGGAGCCCUCCGAUUUGCAUGGCUCCGUCAAAGACUUAUGCGAUGUGGUGCAGGAGCGCACCUUCAGCAUUGUGAAGAGGUUCGAUGCUCUAUUUCGACUAACUUCAUACUACAUGAAGCAGCGCCGGGCUCUAUCGCUCCUCCGAAGUGAACUGGGUCGGAUAAUCGCCCAACGUCGCCACCAGCUGGCUAAGGAAAAUGCAAGUGGCACAAAUACCCAAAAUAUUAAUAAGCCAUUUAUUGACGUGCUCUUGGCGGCAAAGCUCGAUGGACGAGCUCUAAAGGAGCGCGAAAUCAUUGAGGAAAUAUCCACAUUCAUAUUCACAGGCCAUGACCCCGUAGCCGCUGCCAUAUCCUUCACCCUUUACACUCUUUCCCGACAUUCGGAAAUCCAGCAGAAGGCCUUCGAGGAACAGCAGCGAAUCUUCGGCAAGGAUUUAGCCGGAGAAGCGGACUUGGCUCGUCUGGAUCAAAUGCAUUAUCUGGAGCUUAUUAUACGGGAGACAUUGCGUUUGUAUCCGUCAGUGCCACUGAUUGCAAGAACCAACCGCCAAGCCAUUGAUAUUAAUGGCACUCAGGUGGCUAAGCGUACUACUGUGAUUAUGUGCCUCAUUGCUAUGGGCUACAAUGAGAAAUAUUUUGAGGAACCUUGCGCUUUCCGUCCCGAAAGAUUCGAGAAUUCCAGUGGAAAUGUGGGCAUCGAGGCUUUUAAAAGUGUGCCCUUUAGUGCAGGUCCUAGACGUUGUAUUGCUGAAAAAUUCGCCAUGUACCAACUGAAGUCAAUUUUGUCACAGUUGCUGCGAAACUAUGAAAUCCUGCCUGCUGUUGAUGGUCUUCCUCCGGGCAUCAAUGAUCAUUCCCGUGUUGACUGUGUGCCUCAAAGUGAAUAUGACCCAAUACUGAAUAUAAGAGUUACUCUUAAAUCGGAGAAUGGAAUACAGAUAAGACUUAAGAAACGAUAAUCCCAAAAACAAAUUAAAACAAAACUAUAUUUUACUCUUCAUUUUUCAAAUAGUUUGGAAAAAAACCAUCUUUCUUGACUUCAACAACAAAAAAUUAAAUAAACAUAUGGUUUUAAAUUAA